AACCCAGAACGGCCGGUCGAUUUGAAGGAGUCCUUCAAUUACUCUCUUUGGAUGGAGCAGAAAUGGCCACAAGAGGUCGCCUCAUUCAAGCCAGCCUUGCUCAACCUGAACCGCAAGGCCACUUCACUGGGCAUACGAAUCCUGCAGGGACUUGCCCUUGCUAUGGGACUGGAUCGGCAUUUCUUUGAUGGACUACACAAAGGUGCAGGAACCCGGAAGUCACUGACGUCAACGCGGUGUAACUAUUAUCCGGAAGUUACAGAUGAAACAGUGAUUGUGCCGAAUCAGAUUCGCAUUGGAGAGCAUGCUGACUAUGUGACCUUGACCCUCUUGUUUCAAGAUGACCAAGGCGGGCUGGAGGUACAGAGAAAGGACGGGUCUUGGUGCCCCGUGUUGCCAGUGCCUGGAACCAUCGGAUUGUUUGUUGAUCUGUUGUUACAAAGAUGGACGGCUGAUAAACUGAAAGCUACAGUGCACAGGGUGAUUGUACCAGAAGGCAAGUGUCCAGCCCGCCAGUCCAUUGCCCACUUCAUCGUCCCUGAUGACGAUGUGGAAGUGAAAUGCUUGGACGGAUCCGACACGUACGAACCCGUCAACACGAGAUCUUUCGUUACUGGGAUAUUUGACAAGACAUAUUAA